AUGACCAUCAACACUUUCUGGCAAGGUGGAAACCAGAACUCUCCCUCCUCUUCCAUGUGGAAGGUCCCAAAUGCGGAAAGCAGGGGGAUCAGGUACAUACAGGGAAGGCCGUACAUGAGCGGGAAGCCAAAUGCUGAUCCCGACGCGGCUGCCCUGCGAAGACACUCUCUGAGCCCGUCUCCCUCCGUGGUCAUGCCGCCCAUCAGCCCUGAGUUCGGACAGAGGAGAGGCAGCCUGCUCUCGAGGUACGGCGUGCUCGGCAACAGCACACGGCCCAACACUGUGCCCGACCCGUUCAACCUGGAGACCUCCAAGAGGUCUCGCCGUCCCCUCUCGCGCCUGUCCCAGUAUCCGCCGGGCAAGGAGCCAGGAGUGAGCAUCCAGGAGCGGAUCAGAGCUCGAGAACUCAUGUCCAGCCCUCCUCCCAAGCCCGUGAACUGGAUGAUUGGAAGCGCCCAAGUCAUCGUCAAAGAUGUGCAGAAACCUUCACAAGCCCCGAAAGAGAGCGAGUUUGUUCGGCUUGCCAGGGCAAGAUCUCGAGGCAGCUUGUUCGAACGAAGCUUCGGCGGUAGCAAGCCUCUCGGAAUCUAA